GUCGCUCACCGGAUGUUGAUAGACUCACACGUUGCCGGUGAAUUCUUAUCCAUGUAGCUUGUAGUAAUUUCUAUAAAACCUCAUAUUAUUAAAUCAGGAUGUCGGCGUCGUUGAUCAGGAGAGGACUGGAGCUGCUCAGCGAUGAUAUUAAAGAUGCCAGUAAAGUGAAGAAGAAGAAGCAGCAGCAGCAGACACCCAGCUCGGCCAAAGUGAUGGAGCUGGUGGACACAAAACGACAGGGUGUCACCAAGCAGGUCAAACGGCUGCAGGGUCGCCUGGGUCCUGGCAAGAGCAAAGCUACAGUCAAAGACAAGAGAAUCAAGUCUGCAGUGGAGGAGUUCAGGAAGAAGCAGAGGAAGAGUCAGAUGAGCGCUAAUCUCAAGUACUUUAUGGAAACUGGCUACAAAGCAGCAGAUUCUGACACUUUGAAGAUCUUGAGCCACAAUACAGGGAGACAGUCCAGGAAUCGCCCGGAGACACCUGCCAAGAAGGCCAAGGAGCCGCAGUCUUUGUUCACUGAGGACGAGUUCCAGCAGUUCCAGAAGGAAUAUUUUGGCAGGACUGUGGAGGAGAAGAAAUAAAGUGUACCAAAAUACAAAGACGCUGCAGCCAUGGUGGAAACACCAGGGCUGUGUUUUGUGAAUCAAAGUGGAUUCCCGGACCAGAUUACAGUUCACAGGUGUCAACAGUGGAACAAAAGAUCUUUGGGGAGAAAUGUUUUGAAUCUGUGCUAGUGUUAUUACUGCAGACACAUAGAGUCACAUACAGGGUCAUAUGAUUGUUUCACUCCAAAAUGUGAUUCUGAAAAUAUGUGUCAUGAUGAUAUUGUGGUGCUGACUACUGCUACUUUCACAAAAUAAUUACACAAUGAGAGUUUUGAUAAAUGAUCAUCAGUAAUGUGGAUAUAAUGGGUCCGUGUCAUUGGUUCGACAUCCCAUUAGUCCGGCUGUCUGCAGUGCUGAACGGCUCACAGCGGGCGUAUGGUGCGCCGCAACCGGCUUUAGGCGAAGCAGGCUCACAGCUUAUGUGUUUGUCACUUUCUUUUUCAUUUUAACCCACACCAUGAUCUUUUCCUGACCCUAACCAAGUGGUUUUUGUGCCUAAACCUAACCAGACCUUAACCACAGGGCAUCAUGAUGAUUUCGGAAUGGAUUUCGGAACAGUGAGUUUAAUAUGGUCGGAACAAUGGGAUGUCGAACCAAUGGGCAGUUCCCGGAUAUAAUGACUAAGUGGGCAAACAGUCUGGUGAGCUCAGUAAAUUACAUCACUUUACUGUAAUGUGGCCUUUAAAACCAGGAAAAGACAACACUUCUAAAAUCUAAGACAAUAUGUAGUGACACAUCACCAUAUGGAUAUAAUGUCGAUUUAUUGCCCAGCCCUAGCAUUACCUCAUAUUAUUGAAAAUGUAACCUACAUUAGAUUUGACAGGAAAAGAUUCAGACACAAUAAAAUGUUUGUUUUUUUUUAAUAACUUCUGCGUAAUUAUAAUUAAGUUAUAUUUUGGUUCUUAUUCAUGUUGUUCAGGAAGUUUGUCAGGAUAGACCAGUUUUAUUAGACUUUAAUUGAAUUAAGACUUUUCUUAUGUCUCCACACCGGUGAGAGCUGGGAGGCUUCAUGUUUUCGUGUUGUCCGUCCG